CCCCUUUAAGAUCCGGGUCCUUCCUGCUCACGAUGCCAGCAAAGUGCGGGCCAGUGGUCCUGGACUCAACGCCUCGGGCAUCCCUGCCAGCCUGCCAGUGGAGUUCACCAUCGAUGCCCGUGACGCUGGUGAAGGGUUGCUCACUGUACAGAUCCUGGACCCUGAGGGCAAACCCAAGAAGGCCAACAUUCGGGACAACCGAGAUGGGACCUAUACAGUCUCCUAUGUCCCAGACAUGACGGGCCGCUACACCAUCACCAUCAAAUACGGUGGCGAUGAAAUCCCCUACUCGCCUUUCCGCAUCCACGCCUUGCCCACUGGAGAUGCUAGCAAGUGCCUGGUGACAGUGUCCAUCGGAGGCCACGGAUUGGGAGCGUGCCUUGGUCCCACCAUCCAAAUUGGAGAGGAGACGGUCAUCACAGUGGACGCCAAGGCAGCUGGGAAGGGCAAAGUGACCUGCAAGGUCUCCACGCCUGACGGGGCCGAGCUGGAUGUCGACGUGGUGGAGAACCACGACGGCACCUUUGACAUCUACUACACGGCUCCCGAGCCUGGGAAAUACGUCAUCACCAUCCGUUUCGGAGGAGAGCAGAUCCCCAACAGCCCCUUUCAUGUGGUGGCCACGGAUGAGCCCGUUGCCCCUCCGGAGAGCGUGGAUGCCAUGCUGCGGCCUUUCAACCUGGUCAUCCCCUUCGCCGUGCAGAAGGGAGUUAUCACAG